GAAAGACGAGAUGCUGGAGAUUUUUGGCGUGCUGAACAAGAUCAUGGAGCAUGUCCUUGGCAGUCCAGUCUUGUGAGUCUUGUCUGGCCGAUGCAACGUUCAGGUACUUACGGUAGCAUGCAUGAGCUUGCUGCACGAUGGCUAUUACUUAGCGUGUACGCCUGGAUGGUCCAAUAGACGAUUGGAAGUCCGAGUUUCUGAUGGGCAAAGAACUUGGAAGCGGAGUAAGCAAGAAAUCGCCAAGACUUAUUGAUUGAUGCCUGAGGCUUGAGGUCGGGCGGGAGGUUGCCGUCCCAGGCGUCACAGCGAAUCGAGGUCAUAACUGGACUUCUGCUUCUUCACCACUGCAACGAUGGCCUCGCACCACAGUGACACACUCUCUUGCACCGCUCGCCGGCGGCAUCGACUCCUCCUCCUCCACGAUGUCGUCCUCGGCGCAGCGGGCUUUGGAAUACCUCGAGCAGCUGCCCGGCACGACCUUCACCAAGCUGUACCAACAGCCAUCGACUGCGCUGGCCAUCUUCCGCCGCAUGCUGCCACACCUGGCUAAGACGAUGGUCAUGGCCCUGCUUUACCUGCCCCAGCCCUUUGCGGCCGCUGACCUGGACGCCUGGGUCAAGCCCGAUCACGACAGCACGCAGGCCAAGGAGCGAGCCCUGAGCAUUCUGCAGCGCCUCAAAAUUGUCUACGACGAGCCCUACCAGGGACGACCCGCCUAUCGACUCAGUCCCGCCUUUGGCAAGAGCCUGCGCAGCGCUCUGACAGGAAGUGGAACGCACAAUAGCUUUGGUGUGCCCUGUACCGAGCCCGAUAAGCAUCCCGUCACCGUCGACUACCUGGACACGUUUGCGCGUACGCAGUGGGAAGCCAUUCUGUAUUACGUCGUGGGGAGUGCCUCUGCGGGCCUGGGAGGCGGCGUGGACAUCUCUUCGGGCACACGCACGCUCCUCGAGACGGGCAAAUUCGUGGUGGUGAAGGGCGGAGGACGGCACAGAGCCAUCACCACCGACGGCUUCACCUUUCUGCUACAGGAUGUCAAUGCUCAAGUCUGGUCUCUGCUGAUUGUCUAUCUGGAAGUCUCGGGCGAUCUGCUGCAGAUGGACUCUGUUGAUGUGCUCUCCUUCCUCUUCACCCUGGGCUCCCUCGAAUUGGGCGUCAGCUACUCCACCUCCAAUCUCACGCCCACUCAACUGCAAAUGCUGGAUGAUCUGACUAACUUUGGCCUCGUUUACCGUCGCUCACCCUCCUCCGAUCGAUACUAUCCCACCCGCCUCGCCACGACUCUCACGUCCGAUGCCCCAGCUCUGCCCAACAACAGCUUCACCACCACCACUACCACCAACCAAAACGCCGAUCCCAACGAUCCAGCAGCCACAGCCUCUGAAAAAGGCUACAUCAUUCUCGAAACCAACUAUCGUCUCUACGCAUACACCUCGUCUCCUCUACCCAUAUCCAUACUCUCCCUCUUCGCCAGCCUCAACACGCGCUACCCCAACCUCAUCACCGCCAAAAUUACCAAAACUUCCAUCCAUACCGCCAUAGCCUCGGGAAUCACCUCGGACCAAAUCAUCUCCUAUCUGCAAACCCACGCGCACCCCAUUCUCCGCCGCCAAGCAGCUCUCAAUUCCGCUCCAAUCCUGCCUCCCACGGUAGUCGAUCAAAUCCGUCUCUGGCAAAUUGAAGGCGAACGAAUGAAGUCCACCAAGGGAUACUUGAUUCGAGACGUGGGGACGGAAGACGAUUACACCAAAGCAGUACAGUACGCAGAAGCACUGGGGAUCUUGGUCAAGGAGUUUCAUCACAGGAGAGCAUUCUUUGUGACGAGAAUGGAGCAGAUGAGUGCGUAUUUCAAAGCGCAGGCGCAGAGGAAGAGGGAGGCGAAAGAGCUAGCCGCCGCCGCCGCUGCUGGUGGUGGGCCUUCUACCACUGCUGCGAGAAAGGGGUGAUGACGACGACGACAAUGGGAAAGAAUUUCAAAAGACAUAGCGAGGCGUUUCGGAGCUCAUCAAAAUGGAGACUACUAGGAAAGGACAGGAGUAAUGACUUUUUUUAUUACUCGAAUGGGCGGAGCAUUGAGGAGUGAGUUGGGUACAGGUACACAUGGCGCUUCGCUGGAUAAUGGACGGGGCAGGGACUAGAAGAGCAUUCGACAUUAUGCAUUGCAAUAAUUCUGUGAGUAUAGCAAAUCUUGUAUCACCAUCAUCUUCGUCGUCGUCACAUCUGCUUCCCAUCUCCACCAGGAGAUGCAUUGGCAGCGUGUUUCCCACACAUUACCCAUCAUCACCGGGCUUUGACACCCAGUCUCCAGCUUUCUUAACAUGCAGUGCACAAUAACGCUCCGCCUCUCCUCUCCACUCUCUUGCCGUCUAGAAGAAUCCCCCCACCACAGCAGCCUCCACAGGCGCAACGACAUGCGCACGGUCGGACACAUGUCCCACCUUCUGCCUCCGUCCCAACAAUCGAUCCAUAAACUUCGUCUUCCUCAUCUCACUCGGCGGCGGCGGUGACGGCGUGUAUUCAUCACCCCUCAAACUCAUUUCCAGCGCACAAGUUCGAACCUCACUGCUGCUCCAGUUGCUCUCCAGUGGCUUGGCUAGUUCCGGAAGGGCCAGCGCCUUGGCCACCGCCUUUUGCCACAUGAAAAAAGACUGCUCUGCUUCUACCGUGGCACAUAACGAGAAGAGUUGCUCCACGGCACGGCGCAUACGAAGACUAUUCGCUUCCGACGUGUGAAUCCUAUCCGUGUCGGAUUUCGACACAUGCUCACCGGACAGAUCUGUUGCAGCGAGCUCCUCGUUUCGAAAACGGUCGUUGAGCGAUGAGAAGCGGCCUGUCCAGUAGGCAGCGGGCUGAGCAGUCAAGACCUGGCAGUAGAUUAGCAUGUGUGGCGAAGGGACAGCAGGAAAGUGACCCACCGCUCCAGGCUUGAGCUUGACGGACUCUGCUCUGGCCCUGCUCGUCCGCUGCGGCCGCUCUUGCAUGACCACUGACGUCUGGCUGGACGAUAGCCGUGCAUGGCCGGAGGAGUUGCUGAAACCUCUGGUGGUACGGGUGGCCUUCAGUAGAACUUCAGUGGAAGGUGAACUGGCUGGUGGAGGUGUUGGUGCUUGACGCGCGGACAUGAGGCGAGUCUGUUUGAUGGCGGCGCCAUAUGAGUUUCGCACAUUGGUCGUGUUCGUCAAGACUGGCUGGGAAUUCCAUCGCUGCACUGGUUUGCCUGGCGUUGGCGCCCUCUCUUUCGUACUGCGGUAUGCUGGACUACUGUCAGACUUCUGUGUCAUACGCAUGCUGUUCGGACCGGAAUGAGAGACGUCCAAGCGCUUCUGGUUGGCGAGACUCGCUUUGCGCUCGGUGAAGACUGCCACGUCUCUCUCGCUGUCUUCAGACCAACCUUGUCGGCUGCUGCAUGCAAAAAGAUUCUCAUCGUAAGGCGUGAGUGGCUUGAUGGGACUGAGGGAGAUGUUCUCCUUGAAGGCCGUCAUGCGUGGCACACUGGGCUCCCUCUGCAGUCCAUUCUGGAGCAGCGGCACGGUGUCGGAUCUGACUAGCUUCUUGCGCGUCUUGUCAUCGACGGGAACCAGGCGGUUGCUGGUCGACUGCUUGCGAAGGUUGAAGGUGGGCGUGGGAAGUCGUGACGGCGGCACUUCGUCAUUGGUGUGCAAGGGCAGUCGAGCAUGCGACUUGGACAGCUGGAGCUUGCUCGCUGCAGACUUCUUGGCUCUACUGGGAAGGGGAAGGUUGCUGAAUGUCCUGCUCCUAGGCAUGCCUCCGAUCGGGUCGUCUGGCAGGCAGAUGUAGCUGCCCCUGCGCGUGGGCAGUGUCGCUGGCACGGGCGGCGCGUGGUCGAAGCCGUCGCUCUCGCCGGAAAAGUCGGACUUGUUGCCGUCACGUUUGCGAUCUGGCGCGUUAGCUGCUGUGCUGGACAGAGAUAGGAUGCUGGUGGUGGUAGACGGCGAGUGUUCGGGAUUGGAGGAGGUGUUGUUGCUGCGGCGCCGGUUGAACUGAUGCAUCAGAGACUGCAGAGAGGCGAUGGAAGACAGGCGCCGCAGCGAGCUCCGUCGAGACUCGGGCGGUGUCUCGUGUGACUGGCUCUUGCGCGCGAGCAUCGUGUAUGAAUUGUUUGAUGGAUGGCCGGAUGGACGGAUGGAAGGAUUUGGAGGAUGGAUGGAUGGAAGGGCAGAGAGGGCGAGGAAGGUGGAAGGGCGUGAGAGAUAGACUCACCAUUUCGGUUGGAAAGUGCGAGGUCACGACCACGACCACGACCACGAUCCCGUCCGUGUCCACGUCCACUGGUAGACGCAGACGCAGGUGCGGGUGCGGGUUUAGGCGCAGGCCUUUGGAGGGUAUUCGCGAUGCGGAUGGCUCCUGGAUCCAUAUUCCAAGAGAGGAAUGAAGCGACUGCCGAGACUGGUAACAGAAGUUAGUAAGUAGACGCAACGUCAAUUGACGACGACGACGAUGGUGAUGGCGGUGGCAGUGGCAAUGGCAAUGACAAUAGAAUGGCAAAUAGACAUGUGUGGUAUCAGAGGGACUAAGGUUCGAGGUACCCAAAGAAAAGCCCACCAACUUGAAAGAUAAAUUCUAAUGCCAAGUACGGUAGGUACCUGAGGUUAGGUAGGUAGAUAUCCAUAUGGGGAAAUCAAGUGAAGCGAG